CAUCAGUACAGAUUAAGGAAAGGAGGGAAUGAAAGGAAGUCAGAGUAUUGAAAUGUAUACACAACAUCUAUUUCCAUUUGUACUGCCAAAUGACUCUUCUUUGUUUGUUUGUUUCUUUCUCACACUCUCUCUCUCAGGCCCUCGGAGGCAGAUGUUCAGCAGCGGCCCCAGCAGCCAGGAGUUGGACCCUCUGUUCGGCUUAGCAAGAGUCGCACCGUAGACGCGUUUGGAGAGGGCCCCACUGGCAGGCCGGCCCCUGGCCGCAGUCCCUCGUCCCUCAGCCUCUUAGAGUCCCGAUUCAGGCAGGAGCCUAAGGACCCAGAGAAGAAAACAGGCAUGUUUGGCUCCAGCUUCCUGAGUGGGGCCAACCCGCUUAACGCUGUCUCAUCCAUGACCUCCCAGGUGUCCUCUGGAAUGUCCUCAAUGUCCUCCGAGGUCACCUCCAUGGGCUCCGGGGUCAACAUGCCCUCAUUUGGCCUGUUUGACAAGGAAGAAAAGCCUGGAGAGAAGCCCCUAGGUGGGCCCCCAGGACCAGGCAGCAAGGGCCCCCAGCAGGGGGGGCCAAGACCCCCUGGCCUCGGACAAGGGCCCAGACCCCCUGGGCAGCAAGGGCCCAGACCCACUGGUCAAGGACCCCUUGGGCAGCAAGGGCCCAGAACCCCUGGCCCCGGACAAGGGUCCAGACCCCCUGGGCAGCAAGGGCCCAGACCCGCUGGUCAAGGACCCCCUGGGCAGCAAGGGCCCAGAACCCCUGGCCCCGGACAAGGGCCCAGACCCCCCGGGCAGGAAGGGCCCAGACCACCUGGUCAAGGACCCCCUGGCCAGCAAGGACCCAGACCUCCUGUCUCCGGACAAGGGCCCCCUGGGCAGCAAGGGCCCAGACCACCUGGUCAAGUCCCCCCUGGGCAGCAAGGACCAAGACCCCCUGGUCCCGGUCAAGGGCCCCCUGGGCAGCAAGGACCCCCUGGCCCCGGUGCACAGCCAGGCGGGCCAGCUAAAGCUGGGGGUCCCCCUGGUCCACAAGGCCCUGGUAAACCACCUGGAGGUGGGCUGUGUCCGCUGUGCAAGAGUACCCAGCUCAACGUGGGCUCCAAGGAGCCGCCCAACUUCAGCAACUGUACCAUGUGUAAGAACCAGGUGUGCAGCCUAUGUGGAUUCAGCCCCCCAGACUCGGAGGGUAAAGAGUGGCUGUGUCUCAACUGCCAGAUGCAGAGGGCUAUGGGGGGUAUGGAUGACCCUCCUAUGAUGGGCAAGGGCUCUGCCCCUCCUUCACCCUCAAGGAAAGACCCUGGAAAAGAUGGUAAGAAGCCCAAUCUACUGAUUAAGCAGCAGAGCAUCUCCGACAGAGGCUUAACCCCUCCAACCACGCCCAAACAGAAAUCCCCCGGCCCAUCUUCCCCGAAAGGCAGCCCCCAGCCCUCACCGGCCAAAGGUAAACAGGAGUCCAGCUUCUUCGGGGGCCUGGGGGGCAUCAGCCUAGGGGGGCUCACCGAUGUGGCCAAGCCUCCAGCCGCUGCCUCCCAGGCGGCCGAGUCCAUCACGGGAACAAUGUUCAGUGGCUUUGGUGGGUUCACUGGAUCAGCCAAACCUGAUCGGGCCAAAGCCGCUGCUGGUACCCAAAAAACAGCAGAGUCGGUGACGGGAAAGAUGUUCAGUGGGUUCGGUGGUUUUACUGAGACAGCCAAGCCCCCGGCGGCUGCCUCCCAGAUGUUUGGCUUUGGCUCGUCUAUCUUGAGCUCGGCCACCAACCUCAUGACCACCGACUCCGUGGACUCUGUGGAUGAGAAAGCUGGUUCUCCUGCCGAUUCUCCUGCCGGUUCUCCUGCCGGCUCUCCCCCAGACUCCCCCUUCUCUGCCCCCGGUUCUCCCCUUGGUUCUCCCCCGGACUCUCCCUUCUCCGCUCCCGGGUCCCCCCCUGACUCAGACAGCCCUGACACCCCACCUGCCUCCAAGAAGGCCCCCAAACGUGCCGUCUCCCUGCUGAAGGACCAAAAGUCCAUAGAAGCAGAUCCCUCCGUGGAGCCUCUGAAAGCGGGGGAGCCGCUUACUACGGCCACAGGAUCGGGGGCCCAGGAAAACUGUCCUCUGUGUAAGGUGGAGCUGAACGUUGGAUCAACAGACCCCCCUAACUACAGCACCUGCACUGAGUGCAAGAAGAGUGUGUGCAACCUGUGUGGCUUCAACCCCACACCUCAUCUUGGUGAGAAAGAAUGGUUAUGUCUCAACUGCCAGACCCAAAGAGCUCUCUCUGGCCAGCUGGGCGAUAUGCCCCCUCCACCAUCUCCUGUGAAGAAGCAACUACCCACACCUACCCCUACCCCUCCUGCCUCCCCUGCCAAAUUCCCUGACUCCCCAGUUGCUGCUGCCUCUCCAUUAACGGGAAGCCCCUCAGUCUCUCAGGUAGAGGCAGCAGCAGCAAAGGAAGACACCCAGCCGCUUCCCAUGUCCAAGGUAGUAGCAGAACGCACCCCGCCCCAAACACCAGACGCUGCGUCUGCAAACACAGACACCACACCCAUCCCACCUGAGCAUGCCACCCCCCCUUCUGAUAGUGUCCUAGAGGAGAAAGAACCAGAGCAGGCUGACACGAUGGAAGCUAUAUCUGAGACUAUACUGGAUGAGCCUGUGACAGAGAGUGUAGUGGAGAGUGCUGUCGAAGCCUCAGCGGUGGAGAAAGACCCAGAGCAGGCUGAAGCAAUAGAAGCUAUAUCUGAGACUAUGUUGGAUGAGCCUGUGCCAGAGAGUGUAGCGGAGAGUGCUGUUGAGGCCCCGGCAGUGGAUCAUCCAGAGAGUAUGCCAGAGAAAGUUACAGAAGAACAGUCACCACCCGACACUACUCAGGCAGAAUCAGAUUUCCAGCCUGCAGUUGUAGAGGAGCCUGUCAUUGCUCCCCCUGUAGAGAAUGAGUCAGAAAAGCCUGUUGAGGCAGCACCCGAGCCAACUCCAAGCCCAGAUAAUGUGCAGAGUGAAUCUACACCAGAGGAGAUCUCACCGGCUCCCUCUGCAGGUAGUGAGAAAGAGGAGGCCAUCCUAGAGAAGGUUAUUGAAGAGGAAGCUAAGCCGGUAGAGCCAGAGGUGAUUCCAACACCUGCAACGGUCACACAGGAAACUACUGUCCAACCUGACCAAUCACCAGAGCCUGUACCGCCAGCUCCUGUAGUCACUGAGGAAGAAGGGACAGCAGUGGUGAUUGAGGAAAAACCUAGCCAACCACCUAAAGCUGAGGAUACAGCUCCUACACCUCCUGCAGUCACCGAGCAGGAGGAGAAACCUAAAGAGCCAGAGCCUCAAGCAACUACUGUUGAACAGCCUCCAACUGAGGUGUCUUCAGUACAUGCAGGUCCAAUAGCAGAGACUUCAGAUGUGGAGACUAAGAUGCCAGAGGUGGCUCCGGCUCCACCAGUUAAGGUUGUAGAGAAUUCGGCCUCAGCUCCCGAAGCCCCUAAUGAGCCGGUAGAGGAUUGUGCAUCUCCCAAACCAGCAGAGCUAGAGGCUGUGCCUUCACAAAAAGAGGAGGUACCCCCUGCAGUAGAAGAAACUCCCCCUGUAGUUGCUGAGAAUGAACAACCUAAAGAGGUAGAGACCAUUCCACAAACUGAGGCAGUUGAGUCUGUAGCCCCAUCUCCUCCUCUAGUUACUGCUAAAGUUGAGAAGAAGCCUGUAGAGAAGGAGGAAGAGCCAAUACCGCCAGCCCACGUAGAGGAUAAACCUGUAGAGAAGGAGGAAGAGUCAAUUCAGCCAGCCCAAGUUGAGGAGAAGCCUGUAGAGAAGCAGGCAGAGCCAAUACCGCCAGCCCAAGUUGAGGAGAAGCCUGUAGAAGAGGCAGAGCCAAUUCCACCAGCCCAAGUUGAGGAGAAGCCUGUAGAGGAGGAGGCAGAGCCAAUACCCCCAGCCCAAGUUGAGGAGAAGCCUGUAGAGAAGGAGGCAGAGCCAAUUCAGCCAGCCCAAGUUGAGGAGAAGCCUGUAGAGAAGGAGGCAGAGCCAAUUCAGCCAGCCCAAGUUGAGGAGAAGCCUGUAGAGACGGAGGCAGAGCCAAUUCAGCCAGCCCAAGUUGAGGAGAAGCCUGUAGAGAAGGAGGCAGAGCCAAUUCAGCCAGUCCAAGUUGAGGAGAAGCCUGUAGAGAAGGAGGCAGAGCCAAUUCCUCCAGCCCAAGUUGAGGAGAAGCCUGUAGAGAAGGAGGCAGAGCCAAUUCAGCCAGUCCAAGUUGAGGAGAAGCCUGUAGAGAAGGAGGCAGAGCCAAUUCCGCCAGCCCAAGUUGAGGAGAAGCCUGUAGAGAAGGAGGCAGAGCCAAUUCAGCCAGUCCAAGUUGAGGAGAAGCCUGUAGAGAAGGAGGCAGAGCCAAUUCCGCCAGCCCAAGUUGUGGAGAAGCCUGUAGAGAAGGAGGCAGAGCCAAUUCAGCCAGUCCAAGUUGAGGAGAAGCCUGUAGAGAAGGAGGCAGAGCCAAUUCCGCCAGGCCAAGUUGAGGAGAAGCCUGUAGAGAAGGAGGCAGAGCCAAUUCCGCCAGCCCAAGUUGAGGAGAAGCCUGUAGAGAAGGAGGCAGAGCCAAUUCCGCCAGCCCAAGUUGAGGAGAAGCCUGUAGAGAAGGAGGCAGUAGUAAAGAAAGUACCAGAGGCUUCUCCUGCACCUCCUGCUGCUGAACCAGAAAACGUUAGCCCUGAGAGUGAUUACGAAAGGACAGAGUCAGAAACAGUGGUUGAACCCAGCCCAGAAGUCAAAGCCGAGGAGUCAGUUUCACCCACCGCUUUUGAGAAAAAAGUCCCUGAACAGCUCCCAGAACCUGAACCACAAUCAGCUAAAGUUGAUCAGAUCCCACCUCAGGGGGCUGUAGAAGCUCCAGCACCAGUAGUAGAAAAAAACACAAAUGAAACUGAAACGGAGGCUGGAGCAGAACGUGUAGGUCAUAAAGACGAAAAUCUGACAUCUGUGUAUACAAAGGUUGAACCAGAGCCAACAGCAGAUAAUAAGGCUGAAAAAACCCAGGAUGAGUCUAUUCCUCCAGCUUCUGAAGCUAAAGAGGAAGAAAAGGUCAGAGCAGAGCACUUAGAACAAGCUACAGAGGCAGCGUCACUAUCAUCUGCUGCUAGUGAGCCACAAGCCCCUGAGAACGUUUCUGAGGAGAAACCCACACAGGAAGGAAAAGAAGCUGCAAGCAUAGCUGAAAAUAAACAAGAUGUGUCUAUAGCUGAGAGUAGGGUGCCAACUCCUACUGUGUGUCAUGAGAAAGCAGUGCAAGAGAAAGAAUUAUCCAAAGAUGAAUCCAAGCAAACUCCAAAGACAGACUCUGUGUCUGAGAGCAUUCAGCCAGAGAAAGAGAAAGUGGUUGUGUCACCACCUGUAGUUAGUGAAAAGCAAGACAUUUUUUCAGUAUCAGAGGUGAAAGCUGUGAGUGACAGACAGGGCAGGGUAGAAGACAAAACAAUACCAGAGCAGACUAAAAUAUCUGAAACUGUGUCUGAAAAUGAGUCUAUUGCCCCAGCCCCUGUAGUAGAACCUGACACCCUAGUCUCUGUAGUUGGUGAACAGGACGAAGACAAACCCCUGAAUGAAGAGAAGAUAAUAGAGGCUGAACUGGAUGCAGUUGGAGAGGCAACGCUGAAAGACCCUGGAGAAAAAAACACCAUCGCCAAGGAUAGCAGUCCCACCAGCCCCUCAGACCUUGCCAAGCUGGAGAGCACUGUCCUUCCCAUACUAGAGGCCCAGGCUACACAACCAAAGGAUAAUUCAGACAAACUGACCGACUCACUCAAGACCAGACGCAAACUUGAGGUGCUACCCCUCUCACCUGAAUCUCCCAGCACAGAGGAUGACCCAGAACUCUCAGAGAAGAAGGACGCCUCAGCAAAGAAAAAGCUGCUGGUGCCGACAGACAUCAGGGGUGACUCGUUGGAGGACAGCAGUGAGAGCUUAGGGAAAGAUAGUCCCGUGUCAGGGGAUGACGAAGACUUCAUUCGUAAACAGAUCAUGGAGAUGAGUGAGAACGAGGAUGCUUCGCCGUCAGACGAAGAAAACCUAAUCCGGCGAAAGAUCCGAGAUCAUGAGAGGAAACGAAUGGAGCAGGAGAAAGGGGAGGGGAAGGAGAGAAGCGCAAUGGCAAAAGGCAGGCGGCUCCUCAAGAAGAACACCAUCAGCCCUGAGGACGAAGAUGAGCGGCAAAUCUCACUGGAUAAACCUGGCAAGGCAUGGAAAGAGGGAUCGGAACCCAAAGUCUCAGACUCUCAGGAAGGGGAACAGCCUUCGGCCGAUAGAGUUGUGACAGUACGCCAAUUCAGAACCAUCGAGCUCAACACGACUACCACCCCUGUGUGCAUACCGGGUACGUCAGAUGAUGGAGAGCUUGAGAUGGAAAGCCUCACCAACUCCCCUGAUGAUCGCUCCAGGGGCGAUGGGUCCUCCAGCCUGCACGCAUCCAGCUUCACCCCUGGGACAUCGCCUACAUCCCUAUCCUCUUUGGAUGAGGACAGUGACAGCAGUAGUCCCAGCCGCAUGCACAGUGGCGAGGGGAAACAGCACAGGAAAGCGAAGCAUAGACAACAAGGCCAAGGUCUACCCACCAUCGAAGACUCUUCUGAGGAAGAGGAGUUACGAGAGGAGGAGGAGCUGUUAAGAGAACAGGAGAAGCAGAAAGGCUCUGGGAAGAAGUCAAAGAAGGACAAAGAGGAGAUCCGAGCUCAGAGGAGGCGGGAGCGUCCCAAAACGCCGCCCAGCAACCUCUCUCCCAUUGAAGAUGCCUCCCCAACAGAAGAGCUGAGGCAAGAGGCAGAGAUGGAGGAGUUCAGGCGAUCAUCCUUAUCCGAUUUCUCUCCCAGCAUCGAGUCAGAACCAGAGGGAGUUGGGAUCAAUGCUGCAAAGAUUGCAGCAGUACAGAAAGUAUAUCAACUUCCUACAUCUGUUUCUCUCUACUCUCCAACAGCUGAUCAAGGUGCUAAUAAAAGCCCUGAAAAACGAGCCCUGAAAACUGCAGACGAAGCCUACGAAGAUAUCAUGCUAAAGGCUAAAACACCCACAAAGGAAAAGGUGGACAUCCCUCCGGGGAAAGAGUCCCUCUAUGGUGGGAUGCUGAUAGAAGAUUAUGCCUAUGAGUCUCUUGUUGAUGGAAAUGGAAAGAAAGUCCAGCAGCAGGAGCCUGAGAAAAUCUCAGUGCCAGCUCAGCCCAAAAUACUGAGAUCUCCAGAUGAGGUUUACGAAGACAUGAUGGAGAAGAAGAAAGAAUUCAUGCAGCUGGAGCAGGAACUGAAAAAAGCACAGUCCGUGUCAGAUAGACCCACACCAGAGAUUGUAUUGCAACCCACUGAGCCAACCAGAUCCACAAGUGUUACAGUUACUAUAGGCAAGGAUGGGAAACCACUGCUCGAUGCUGAGGCUACGUAUGAGGAACUCAUGAAGAAAGUUCUGACUCCUGGGACUAGCCCGACACAGCAGGGUCCUGAUAUAUCUGGGGCGGCCCCUGGUGGUGAGAUCGAAGGUACUGAAUCCAGAAGGGCUCUGCGUCCCAUACCAGACCUGAGGGUUACACAGUGCUCCUCAGGGGAGGAGGACGCUGAUGAAGAGGCCACUGAGACCAAAAGUCAAGAUAAGCCAAAGACUUCAUCAGACAUUCCUAAAGCUGAUCAGGCACCCUUAACAGCUGCUGCAGAAACUGAGUCCAAAUCAGUUGCUUGCAAGGUCCCCCCAUCAACAACUUCAGACCAACCACAGACCCAAUUUGAAUCUUCCCAGGCUGACAAGCCUCUGGACAUAACCCAACAGGAUGUCAUGGACUUGUCUAGUAUAAAGUCCUCAGCCCCUGCUGUUGCCAGUGUAUCGCCCUUACCCACCGUCCCUCAGUACACCCCCACUGUCCCCAGUGUAGUGUCGACCACCCCACCAGUGCCCCCCAAACCAGCCAUCCUGCACAGGGCUCUGUCUCAGGAAAAAGCAGACAUUCCUGAACCCCCUCCACUGCCCCCUCCCACGAUGCCAAAGCCAUCGGUUUACCCCAGGAAACCCCCUGUUCCGCUUCCAUCUCAGGCUAUAAUCAGGUCAGAACAUGUUGCCAUGACAACAGCCCAAGGGUCUCCGGUAAGACAGCCUCAUAUCCCCCCACCGGUUCCUCCAAAGCCAGCAAUCCCUGCUGGAAUGGGGUACAGCCACAGGCCAGGGGAAAACGUCAAACCACCCCUUGCUCCAAAACCUGUCUCUCAGCCUGGCUCUCCUGCCCACAUCCAAUAUCCAAGACCCACUGCCCUCCACACAGGCCAUGCUGAUAUAGCCCUGAAUCUGAGCCCCUCAGCUGAAAGCAGGCCAGGUCACUUCUCAGGUCAUUCCUCGGGUCACUCCUCGGGUCACCCAUCCCCCACUUCUCCGCGAUACGGCAAUCGACACGAAACUUAUGUGGUUAUAACUCUGCCAUCCCAGCCCAACUCUCCAGUGGAAGGGAUCACCACCCAGGCCCCAUCCAGUCCUGGUCCAGCAUCUCCUUCAAGACAUGCCCAACCUCCACCUCAACCUCAACCCCAGAAACAACCACAGCCACUUCCACCACACACAAAUAGGAUGCCCCUGGCAUUCACUCGCAUCACUGAGUCCAUGGAAAGUCAAGAGAUAUGUGGGCCAGAGAAAGUUGUGUCAAGCUCCUGUCAUGUCAUUGAGGCUAUUUCAGCAUCCGCUCCACCCCCAGAGGUCAGGUUAGGGCAGGUCACUCAGUUUGUGACGACAGAAGUUCAAAGAACCAUGGUGUCUGUCCGACACGAAAGGUCACCGCCCCCACCUCCGGCCCCAAGAGCGAACGGUGUUCCAAUCUCACUGGAGAAACCUAAACCACAACAGACACAGAGUGCACAGGGCUACCAGCCAGGGGAGGUAGUAGACCUUCGUACCAUGAAGGUGAAUUCAGAAUCGGCCAUGAAAGUGGUGGAUCUGUCUUCUUCAGAUGUUAGACGCCAGUCCCUGGCCACAGACAUCAGCGGUCGUCAGACAAGCGCAGUGCAGUCCCCAGUGGUAAAUCUCAGCACUGAGUCGACCAGUGUUUCCAUAGUGACUGACAGCAUCACCAUAGUUACAUGUGCUGCCACCAUACAAAGUUACGAAAAUACCAACAUAUCCCAAGUCCCUUCUCUGCCCCUUCAGCUUACAACCACAAACAAAGCCUUCGAGCCUGUUUGUCAGAUUAUCUAUCGGCCCAUAGAUGCACAGCCCACAACCAGCAACAAUGCUGAGAUCCCGAUUAACCUUUCUCUAGGACCUGGCACAGGCUUAGGGUCAUUCCAGCCACCUGUCACUAUCGCCCCUACCCCUGCCCAAGGGUGUGUGGCUAAUGGUCUGAGCAGCGGGAUGCCGACAGUAGCAGGUGCAGUGGACCUUAGCACAGCCAAACCCUUCAACACCGUGGUUUCGGUCGACGCUUCCUCCGCGGAAGUGGUCACGGCUGUGAUCACAGAGGAGGAUGGGAAACCCGUGGACCUGACGGCUGGGAGAAGAGCUGUCUGCUGUGAUGUUGUCUACAAGCUGCCAUUUACAGGUAGCUGCACCACCCAGCAGCCCACUACUCCAUUGCCCGAAGACCGCUUCGGUUACCGAGACGACCACUACCAAUAUGACCGCUCACCGUACAACAUGAGGGGCUUCGGUGGCAUCAAACCCUCCAUGUCCGACACCAAUCUGGCUGAGGCCGGGCUUUUCCUCUAUAAGAGCAAGAACAGUUACAAUUUCCAUGGCACCACAGAUGGUGCAGUAGACCUGACAUCCUCCAAGACAUCUGAUGCAGGUGUAGCUUUGGACUUCUCCACCAAAGGCUCAGGGUUAUAUUCAGGAAUGAUAAUCCCCCCAUAUUCCCAAGCUAGAGUCAAAGGAGCUGUUGGGACACACUUUGGCACGAGCAGUGUCCUGAGAUCCUCCAAUGGGGUGGUGUACUCUUCAGUCUCAGUACCAAUCCCAUCCACCUACGCCAUCACCACACAACCUGGGUCCAUAUUCAGCACCACUUACAACUCCCUGUCGGCGGGCAUGCACACCAGCGACACCAUGCCAUCCCUGUCCACUCUCCAGAACCAGCCCAUGACUCGGUCCCACAGCUUCAUCUCCACCACCUCUGCAGACGAUCAAGGGGAUGUCCCCCUCAACCUGGAGCUUGCUAAAGAUGGCAUAUCCACCUCCGUGGCCCUCAGCACCAAAACAGUCACCCUGGCCCUGGAAAGGCUGGACUCGUACACGGACGCGUCCCUAGAUGCUAUUGCCGCCUCGCUGGAGGCGCUGUCCUCGCCCUGUGUGCCAGGGGAGGGCCAGUACCAGAUGCAGCGUGAGAUUCUGGAGAUGGAGAAGUUCAAACAGCAGCGGUUGGCUGAAGAACUGGAGUGGGAGCGUCAGGAGAUCCAGCGCUUCCGUGAGCAGGAACAGAUGCUGGUGCAGAAGGAGCUGGAGGAGCUGCAGUCCAUGAAGCAGGCCAUCCUGUGCCAGCAGGAGGAUGAGCGCCAGGCCCACCUCAUGAUGCAAAAGGAAACCUAUGCCCAGCAGCAGCAGCAGCUAGAGCAGAUCCAGAGGCUCCAGGAGCAGCUCCGAGCACAGCUGGAGGAGCAGAAGUUCCGGAAGAUGUACCCGGGGGAGGUGUUGCUGGGGCAUGGCCAGCAGGAGGCAGUCGUCCUGGGGCCGGACGGCACCGAGCUGGCCCGGAAAAUCAUGGAUAGUGGGUGUCAGACGGACGACGAGGACAGUGUUGUCGAUAAAGCCUACACGGCAGGGAGGAAGAAGAGAAGCACGGCCAAGAAGAGCGUAGACAGCUGCGUGCAGACGGACGAUGAGGACCAGGAGGAGUGGGAGCCUGCUCGGGCCAGACGUAGCAGGCCCCGCACGUCAAGGGGGGACAGAGGCGGACAGACUUCCGAUAUAUCCAUUCAGGCUCACUCUGAGAUCUCCAUACAGACGGACUCUACAGGGAAUGUAAGAAUGGACACCAGGAUAGAGCUCUCCAACUCGGAAAGUCCACAUUGGGAAGACAAGAGACGGCCCACGCCCUUGGAGAUAGAACAGUCUGGCCACCUCAGAGCUGACCCCUCCUCACUUCAGGCCCCGCCCAAAUCCCCCAAUGUUCUCUACUCCCCCAUAUCACCCUGCAUAUCCCCGAGCAAAUCCCUUGAGUUUGUGUCCUAUGAGAAAUCACUGGGUGAUACAAGCCCACAGAGAAUAAGAGGGAGUACUGAUCCGACCAAAGUCUCUCCAACCGGCAGCCCCAAGGGACCUAAGGCCAUGCAGAGAUCCAUGUCCGACCCCAAGCCCAUGAGUCCAACUGGAGAGGAGGGGGCAUCAUCCAGUUUCCAGUAUGGCGACGGUUCCUCCGGCAAAAGCUCGUCGGGCAGCACCCCAACUGGCACCGGCAAGAAGGUGAAGAGGACCCUGCCCAACCCGCCCUCGGAGGAGGAGGCAACAGCCACCGGCCAGACGGCCUACAGCACUGGCUCGGCCCGCCGUCGCAUGUGCCGCAACACCAACAUGGCGAGAGCCAAGAUCCUGCAGGAUAUCGACCGAGAGCUGGACAUGGUGGAGCGUGAGUCGUCCAAGCUCCGCCACAAGCAGGCGGAGCUGGACGAAGAAGAGAAGGAGAUCGACGCCAAGCUACGCUACCUGGAGAUGGGCAUCAACCGCAGGAAAGACGCCCUCCUCAAGGAGAGGGAGAAGAGGGAGCGGGCCUACCUGCAGAGCGUGGCCGAGGAUCGUGACUACAUGUCAGACAGCGAGGUCAGCAACAUCCGGGAGACACGGAGCGGCCGUGGCAGUGGAGAAGAUGAUGAGAUGGGAAGUCACGGGCUGGAGCGCCCCAGGACGGCACCCCAGUCAGAGCUGGAUGAUUUUGUGCCACCACAGACCACACACGAGGCCCAGUACGGCACGUACUCCCAGUACCAGUACCCACUGAGCCAGACGCUGUACCAGCAGCAGUCACUCUACCAGUCUCCCCAGUCCUACCAGUCUCAGUCCAUCUAUUCCUCAGUCCCAUCCCUGUCUAGCUCCCAGCAGCAGAGCUACCACCAGAUGCUCCUUCUCCAGCAGAAGGCAGCCAGGCAGGCGGCCCUGAUCCAAGAGUUGGACGCGUCGUCAAAGUACGAAAUCAUCAGCCGACAGCCCGACCCCGUGUCCUCUGCCUACAUGGGAGGGGUCAGGUACGACAAGUACGGUAACCACUUGGACCUCCGGGCCCUGGAGGUGGGGGGCAGUAUGGCUGGCAGCCCCAUGUCCAACGUGUCGGCCGACUCCUUCUAUGGAGACGUGGAGCACCACCACCACACUCCACGAAGCUACGUCCUCCUAGAAGAUGCGGCAGAGCUGGCCAAGAGCUCCACGAGUCUGGCUUCAUCCAGCUACGCUCAGGCCGAGAAGGAGCUGGCUAAGGCAGAAAGGCUGUUGCGAAGAAGUGCAGCCGACUUGACAUCCACCGACUACCUGGGCUCCAGCUCCAGGCUCCACUCCGGGUAUGGAAAGACCCCAGACGAUGAGGACUCCAUGGACGACCCCUACGAGCUGAAGCUCCUCAAGCAGCAGCUGAAGCAGGAGUUCCGGAGGAGCACAGGGGGAACAGAGAGCCUGGACCCGCUGACGGGUCUCUCCCACAACUACUACGGCACCCCCAGCUCGGGUGUCUCCUCCUCCCAGAGUUACUCCCAAAGACACUACCCCAAGACGGAGAAAUACAGCAUCAGCCGGCUGACCCUAGAGAAGCAGGCAGCCAAGCAGCUCCCGGCAUCCAUGCUGUACCAGAAGCACAAAGCCCCGCUGACCGACCCCAAAGUCUCCAAGUACUCCUCGAUGCAAGACGGCAGGAGUCUGGAGACAGACUAUACCAGCUAUUUAGGGUCCAGUAAUGUUAGCGCCUCUCCCAGAUCCAGCCGGCUCCUUCAGGACGAGAUCACCUUUGGACUACGCAAGAACAUUGCAGAGCAGCAGAAGUACCUGGGCUCCACGUUGGGUGCCAACCUGGCUGGCUCGCUCAACUUCGGCCAGAGCCUGGCCUUGGACUCGGCUUCCUACCCCAGUGGCAGCCGGUCACGGCCCUCUUCUAGGCCCAACUCCGUCUAUGGCCUGGAUCUCUCACUCAAACGGGACCCAUCCAGUUCCUCCUUGAGGCUCAAGGGGGACGGCGAGGCGGCCUCAGACAGCUACCAGAUGCCAUCAGGGCGUGCCAAGCCCACCAGCCUGCCCAUCGUGCAGGGCGGCCGGGGGCGCAUCCCCAUCUUGGCGCAGAACUCUGAGGAGGAGAGCCCGUUGAGUCCUGUGGGCCAGCCUAUGGGCAUGGCGCGGGCGUCGGCGGGGCCCCUGCCGCCCAUCUCGGCCGACUCACGGGACCAGUUUGGUUCGUGCCUCUCCCUGCAGGACUCUCAGCAGCAGCAGCACCUGAGGGAAGAGCCAACGAGGGGUCGGGGCUAUGUCUUGAUGGACGACCUCCAGGGCACCAUGUCGGACGGCGAAGCCCUAAGUGACUCCAUGCUGGCACUGAACAGAGAUGAUCCCCGACAAUCACAUGAGAAUAUCCCAAACGCCUACCACCUACGGCGAGAGGAAACGGACUGGUUUGACAAACCCCGCGAGGGACGACCAGAGAACGGACAAGGGCCGGACAGGAGACAGGGGAAGGGUGUUUACUACCCCUUUCCUCACACCAGAGUCAAACUGCAGAGGGAUCCCAAGGACCGCAGCGUGUCAGGGAAUGGAUUGGGUAUCAGAGUGGUGGGAGGUAAAGAGGUUCCAGGGACCAACGGACACAUCGGAGCCUACGUCGCUAAAGUCUUACCUGGAGGAGUUGCCCAACAGACUGGGAAGAUACUAGAGGGAAUGCAGGUGCUGGAGUGGAACGAGCUUCCUCUGACGGGGAAGACCUACGAGGAAGUGCAGGGGCUUGUGGUACAGCAGUGUGGCGAGGCAGAACUCUGCGUGAGACUAGAUCUGAACAUGCUGGCUGACUCAGAGGGCUCUCAGCACCUUGAUCUCCCAGACCAUAGCAAACCAGGUGACAGACCCCCCAGGUCUCCGGGGGUGGAUCCGAAACAACUGGCUGCAGAGCUACAGAAGGUGUCCCUGCAGCAGGCUCCUCCACCUACCACCGCCACGUCCUCCUCCUCCACCGUGGGGGGAGAGAAAGGACCCCACACAGCCAUCUCAGGCGCCGCCUCGGCCACUUCUAGCGCCAUCCAGAGUCCGGGACAGCCGGGGUCGCCCUCCGUCAGCAAGAAACGCCACAGCAGCAAGUCUGCGGAACCAGUGAAGACACAAUCCCACCCUGUUACUGGAGAGAUACAGCUUCAAAUCAACUAUGACAAGCAGCUGGGGAACCUGAUUGUUCACGUGCUCCAAGCCAGGAACCUGGCCCCCCGAGACAACAACGGCUACUCCGACCCCUUCGUCAAAGUCUACCUCCUCCCGGGGAGGGGUCAGGUCAUGGUUGUCCAGAAUGCCAGUGCUGAGAAUAAGAGGAGAUCAAAACAAGCUGGCCAGAGUCUGAACCCAGAGUGGAACCAGACUGUUAUCUAUAAGAACAUCCACCUGGAACAGCUGAGGAAGAAGCUGCUGGAGGUGAGCGUGUGGGACUACGACAAGUGCUCCUCCAACGACUUUCUGGGAGAGGUGUUGAUGGACCUGUCCAACACAGCUAACAUGGAUAACAUCCCACGCUGGCUCCCUCUGAAGGAACAGAGUGAGGGAGAGCACCACCGGCGCUCCCUUUCAGCACAGGGGCGCCAGCACUCCCCCAAGCCCCCCUCACAGCACGCCUCCCCCAAAACCCCUGCCCACGGUAACCAGGACUCCCCCAAGCCCCCCUCGCAGCACGCCUCCCCCAAAACACCCGCCCACGGGAACCAGGACCCGCCCAAGUCGUCGGUCAUCAAGAGCCGGAGCCAUGGGAUCUUCCCUGAUCCAGCCAAGGACACGCAGGUGCCCACUAUUGAGAAAUCUCACAGUAGCCCCGGCACAUCGAAGCCUUCCCCGUCCGAGGGCCACAGCCAACAUACGCCACGCGCGGCUCCACGUGCGGCGCCUCGCAAAAGUGCAAGGCAACACCAGCAGGAUGGCGCCGGCGGUGUCGCUGUAGCAACGGGUGAAGCUCCGGCUCCGCAGCAACAGCACCGCCUCCAACCAACACGGCCCGGCAGGUCCGGCGACGCCCCGGUAACAGCCGCCUCAUUGGACAGCGGUCUGAGUGGCAGUGCUCACAGCCUAUUGGAGGAUGAGGGUGGGACUAAUGCCGUGGACAGUGCCAUCUUCCAGGUCCCUCGGUUUGGGAAGAUUCCAAAUGGCACUGACGUGAUGAUGUCACCAAUGGGCCAUAUGGACUCUGAGGGUAAGACCCAGGUAAUGGGAGAGAUCAAGAUAGCUCUGAGGAAGGAGCUGAAGACAGAGGGAGACCAGCUGGUGUUGGAGAUUCUCCAGUGCAGAAACAUCACCUACAAGUUCAAGUCUCCAGACCACCUGCCAGACCUCUAUGUGAAGCUGUAUGUGGUGAACAUUGCAACCCAGAAGAGGAUCAUCAAGAAGAAGACCCGGGUAUGUCGUCACGACCGCGAGCCCUCCUUCAACGAGACCUUCAGAUUCUGCAUGAACCCCACCGGCCACUCUCUGCAGCUCUUCCUGGUGUCCAAUGGGGGGAAGUUCAUUAAGAAGACCCUGAUCGGAGAGGCCUACAUCUGGCUGGAUAAGGUGGACGUGCGGAAGCGAGUGGUCAGCUGGCACAAACUGCUGGCUAGCUCUGCUCAGAUCCACUCCUAAAGAACCUACUGUUAACCUUGUCUAUUCUAUAGGCUCUUAACUCGCAGAGAGAAAGACGAGGAUGGCUAGGGCGCUCGAGUUUACUGUCUCCAUCACUGAUCCACUCUUUAUGGACCUACUGGACAUACUCACAGGUCCACCAUUGGGGUCGGGCGAGGACCGUUAGGGUGCGGGAGUUAGACAUCUCUUACGUAUCCUGUGGAUCUUGAGUUUUGGUGUCAAGGGUCAGGGGUCAGCAUUUGAAUUGCUUGAGCUGUGACUGGGGAUUGGCUAGUGGGGAGGAAGUAGGUAUGUGUUUACAGGAAAUUAACUUGUGUUUACAGGAAGUAGUGUAGCCAGGGCAGGGAGGAGGACAUUGAGGCAACAAAGCAAGAACAGAAUCAACCAGGUAUUACACACACACUCACACACACAGUCAACAACACAUUCAAACACACCACAAAGAAAGAUGAUCGUAAGAGACUGACACAUAAAUACAGGGGAUGGACAUGUUUAGAGUCUCUCAUUGCUUUAUUUGACUGGAGAUGUUUUUAUUUAUGAAUGAAAUUAUAACGACCUGUGGAUUCCCCUCAUGGCUUUGUAUAUUGUUAGAAGAAUUUCAGUAAUUUAUGAAGCAUUUUGGGAAUUAAAUGUUGAAGAUUUAUUAUAUGGAGAUUGCACCUCUUAUUUUUGUAUUAUAAUUAUGAUUAUUAGAGUUUUAUUGAUUAUUCUCCUCAAUUGUUUAAGUACUGAAUGAUGAAUGAAGAAUCUUUUAUACAGGGACACACAGUAUAUUUUGUGACAUACUCUCACUUUAAUUCUAAUUCUCGAUUUGAAAUGACUCCCUCAUCUGGCACAAGGUACAAAGACCUUGGCAAGCAUGUUUUUACAUUUUGGGACAACAAUAUUUCCCCUUCUGUUCUUUCUCUAGAUGUAAAUUUAGAUGCUGAUAUAUCAGAUAUAUUAUAUAAACAUUGUUCUAAGCAUAAUUGGUGUGGUUUUAACAGACUGGGUAGUCUUGUGCACAGGGUCAUGUUUAUUAGGCACCAAAUGGAAGAAAACAGACUGAAACAAGGAGGGACUACCUGGUGUUGUCCAGGAAGAAAUGCUCAUUUUAGUUUUCAGUUGCAAAAUGUUUUCUGUUGGUUGACCUAAUGAACGUGACAGGGAAAAGUUGCAUUGUUGCCUUUGAGGUUGACUUUGUAUAUAGUUGAGUACACUGUCGUUGUGAGAGAUAAAUAGAUAUAUUCUUAUCACAGACAAUCCGUUGUGGAUGAUUGUGGCUUAACGUAUUAUUUUUGGAAUGUGAAAUAACAGGUUUUAGCUGUGAUUCAAGCCUGGUUUUCCUCCUAGUAAGAUACACAGUGAACUGAUAUGUGUUAGACUAGCAUAGUUCUGACUUCUCUUUACAUUCACACAUUUGAAAUAUCUCUUCACAUGCACACUUUCAUGUUUUACUUAGCACUUUGUCAAGUUAUCGAAUGUAUAGAUGAAUAUACAGUAUGUCCCCACUCGUAGAGAAAUAUAAUAUAUAUAAGUAUGUCAAAUGAAUAUAUUAAAUAAAUAAUGAUAAUGAUAGUAAUAUAAUAUAGUUGACCAUACUUGAUUACCCUCUUGGCCUGUGUAUAGUAAAGUGUGUCCCAUGGUUCAUAUAUCAGGGUCCCCUCCAAACAGUUGUCUAUCUAUACAUUGGAUGGGUGGGUGGGGUGGGGGAGUAGGUGGAUGCGGCAUGCUUUGGACGGUUUCUGUUGGUGUGUCUAUCUCCAUCACAUGUCUAGGUACAAACUAUCCUAUUGGGCUCUCUGUUUCUCUAUGGGGAGAGGUUGGUAGCUGGGGCUAUUGUUUGAACAUGAGUUCAAUCGAAGUUGCUUUGAUUAAGAAAUGCUACAAUGCUCCUGGGUGGCGCAGUGGUCUAAGGCACUGCAUCGCAGUCCUAGCUGUGCCACCAGAGACUCUGGGUUCGAGCCCAGGCUCUGUCGCAGCCGGCUGCGACCGGGAGGCCCAUGGGGCGGCGCACAAUUGGCCUAGUGUCGUCUGGGUUAGGGAGGGUUUGGCCGGCAGGGAUAUCCUUGUCUCAUCGUGCACUAGCGACUCCUGUGGCGGGCCGGGUGUAGUGCAGUGUAGUCGCUAAGUGUAUGGUGUUUCCUCCGACACAUUGGUGUGGCUGGCUUCCCGGGUUGAAUGAGCACUGUGUUAAGAAUCAGUGCGGCUUGGUUGGGUUGUGUUUCAGAGGACGCAUGGCUCUCGACCUUCGCCUCUCCCGAGUCCGUACGGGAGUUGCAGCGAUGAGACAAGACAGUAACUACUAACAACUGGAUACCACGAAAAUUGGGGACCAAAAGGGGGUAAAAAAAGAAGAAAUGAUUACGUUUUGGUAUGUUUGUCAUAGUCCUGGUGACACAUUUAUUUUUGCUGGUGUGCAUCUGCUAUUUGCUAUGGGUUGGUGUGCAUCUCUAAGCUACAGAACUGUGAGAUUUGAAGGUGUGUAACGUGGCUUUCAGUUGAAAGGACACACUCAGAGUGAUGUCCUGCCUAGGGUCAAGGUGUGUGAGGGCUGGUUGGUUUAAUGGUGACCUUUUGACCUUUGAUCUUUGCCAAACAUUGACCAAACACCACAGGUUCUCUCCAGCUGAUUCUAUGCAACAUAGACUUCGUGUUGUGACUGUGUCUGAAUUAUCAAUCUAGAUUCUACAGUCUGAAUUAGCGAUGCAUUUUAGGGGACAAUGGGUUAUUCUGUUUGUGUAUUGUUCACAUGUAUAGUUUUUUUACUGCCUUCAAGUUUGGGAAUGAAUAAGAACAUAUAGCUCUUUGAUUUUUAUAAGUAUGCUUUCACAUACCGUUAAAUGCAACUUUAUUUAUUGCACAUAAGCUGUUGUUUUCAUGUUUUUUACAUCAUCAAAUGUUAGAUGUAAGUUACAUAGCUAAAUGGAAAGUUUUUUUUUUUUUCUUCAGCAAAAUGAUCCAGGGCUUAUAUUUCAACCCAGAAACUCAGUCUUCAGCCCAAUGUCCCAGCACACACACACACACACACACACACACACACACACACACACACACACACACACACACACACACACACACACACACACAGUAGUGACUCUUCACAUAGACUAGAAUCUAAGGAGACACUUUCUUAACACCAGAGCCACGUUCCCAACAGAUUCUAGCUUUCCACUGAGUUUUUAUGCACCCCCACUUUUGAAUAGUUUUAUUUUUCCAGUAUAUAUGUAAUUUGAAAAAUGACCAAAAAAUGUUUAACAAUGUAAUGACUUGAUGUUCUAUCUAAAUGGUUACCCACCUGAAAUUGAUAUUUUUUGAUACCAGCGUGCGUGAGUAGUUUCUUCAUAACACACCCAUGCAUGGCCAAGUCCUCCUGAAAGUGACCUCCCUUUCCUAUGUGUGUUAUCUAGCUAAGAUCUACACACACACACACACACACACGGAAAUGCCAUCUCUUUAUAUCCUACCUUGUAAAUACAUAUCUUUUUUUUCUACAAGAGGAAACGGAAAGAUUUCCUUGAUAUCUGACAUUAACGCAUAUGAUCACGGGAUGAGAACACAAGCAGUAUGUUACUCUCUUCACAUGGCAGAAUACCUACAGGAGUUAGAUGGAGUAAAGACCUUAUAAACCUUGCCCUUACACCGGACACAACAGAGUUUUACCAGAGUAUACAAACACAGACAAACCUUAUUUUAUCAACUCGAGUAGUUGCAGGAGAAUUUAAAUGUGCUCACAACAAUGGAUGUUGCAUGUUUAGUUGGUGGUUCGUUCAUACUAUUUUUGUGUCCAGAAAUUCUAUUUAAAAAGAAAGAUAGAUAGAGAGAUCAAACGUUACGAGGGGAACGAAAUUCUGAAGAAUAAUUCUCAGAUUAUUUAAAGAUGUAUGCUGACUGUACAAAGAUUAUGCUUGUAAAAUCCGUCUGGUUUUCCACUUCUAUGUAAACAGAAAAAUCUAAUGUCAUGGUUUUGUGAUUGUACACAGGAGGUAUUGAUAAAUUAUGCAAAUUGUGCUGUAAAAACAACGGCUGUUGCCCCAAGUCUAAAUAUUAAAUAUCUGUACAAAGAAAA